UGUUGUUAUUAUUAUUAUUAUCAUUAUUAUUAUCGUAUCACCAUCUAUGAUCAGUGGGCGGUGGGGCUGUGUUCUCAGUUGAGGUCUCUUCUUUGGAGGCAGGAAUGUAAAUCCAGAGGGAUUAGUGAGAACAUACUGAGCUGUAAAACCUUCAUUAACUCUCCAAGGGGUCUCUGCCUCCGUGCGUAAAAGUUGGGACGGAGCUCCGGGCGCGCCGCGCAGCACUUUCCAUCCUACGGGCUUCAUGUGCGUCACCUCUGCGGGGUCCUUGACGAGGAUUUGUGAUGUUUUGAUGCCACUUCUCGCGGCUCACUGACAGAUGAGACCAGUGGCGCUCGGUUGAUGUGAAUGCGUUUUCCUCGCACAGAUCAUCUCUCUCGGUGCGCAGAGGGGACAUGGGUCAGCUUUACGGUGCGACUCUUUUACCAUUUGGCGCUCUCUGUGUGGUUUUCCUGUGGGAAUCUGGUGCCAGCUCUAUCAGGACGACGCUUGCAGUGGACACCUCGAGAGCCGAGUGUCCAGAGAGUAAGAUCCUGACCGUGGAGUAUCCCUGUGUCAGAGCAGGAGGCAAGAACAGCACUUGUUUCAGGAGAAAAUGCUGUGAGGGGUUCCGGUUUGUGAUGGGCCAGUGUAUUCCUGAAAGUGUAGACGUGUGCGCUGCGUCACCGUGUGAGCAGCAGUGCACCGAUAACUUCGGAAGAGUCGUCUGCACGUGUUACCCCGGUUACCGCUUUGACAGAGAAAGACACCGCAGCCACAAAUCUCCUUACUGUCUAGACAUCGAUGAGUGUGCGCUGUCGGGCAGCAGUGAGUGCGAUCACGAGUGUGUGAACACAGUGGGGAGCUUCCUGUGUCGCUGUCGCAGCGGCUACGUGCUCGCAGCAGACCAACGCUCCUGCAUCCCCGUACACAACUUGAGUUCCUCCGGAAAGUCAGACACCUCGAUGAGUGCCGGCACUUGCUCGUUCACCUGUCAAGAUUUUAUGAACAUGAAAAACAGUUUGCUGCAGCUGAAGCUGAGGCUGGGAAACACACAGUCGCCAAACCAGGUACCUGGUCUGGCUAACAGCAGUGACAAACCAUCCCUGGGGAGGACAGGAAAAGGUCCCGACAGCCCUUGUCUUCCUGGUUUGCCGGGCCCUUCAGGAGCUCCUGGGGUCCCUGGACACCCAGGACAACCUGGAAAGAAAGGAGACCCAGGAGAGAGCGGUCUGCCUGGUCCACGGGGAGACAUGGGACCCAUGGGUCCAGAACCUGACAUGAAACAUAUCAAAAGAGGCCGCAGGGGGCCAGUGGGACCGCCUGGAGCAGCAGGAAGAGAUGGAAUAAAGGGUGACAGAGGAACUCCAGGUCCCAGAGGACCACCUGGACCUCCCGGCUCCUUUGACUUCCUCCUUCUAAUGAUGGCCGACAUCCGCAAUGACAUCAUUGAGCUGCAGGAGAAGGUGUUUGGGGAGCGGCGGGGUAUCUCUCUGGACAGUCCGCCUCAGUCCAGCGGGGAAGUGGAUUUUGUGGAGUGGGGCUCUGGCCAAGGAGAUUUAAUGACCAAUACCUGACCUCUGACCCCCCGUUCCAGUGACGGACACUGACAUACAGCCAAGCAGUCCCUGAACUUGACUCUUUUCUUUGUGCCAUCAUGUAAAUAAUCUUUCGAAAAACCAGAGCUGGGAUGAACUGGACAAGUAGCCUCAUUUUAGACUGUGCCAAACUGCUGAGCACUGUCUCACUACCACUGAUAUGCUGUGGUGUGAGGGAGGGACGUGCGUGCAGGACACAGAGUGAGAAAGACACAGUGUGAGCCUUCAUGUCUGAGCCUCUGAGCUCAACAGCUUCAAACGAUGAACUUUAUCGUCUACAUCUCUUCCUGGUCCUAAAUCUGUUCAUGGAAGCUCUGCAGUCGCUGACAGUUUGCCUGCGGGGCAUCGGCAUGAAAACCCAGGACCUGCACUGUGAGCCUCCCGUGCACCUGACUGCCAUAUCCAACCUUCAAGUCUGAGCUUCUUUUUUUUUUACCUUGGGACUUUAGAAAACAGAGUACAGGAAAUCCCAGUGUUGCACUGUCGGACUAAAACAGUAAUGGCUGAUGCUGAUGCUGUUCAAAACUGUCCCAUUAAACAACCCUAAUUCACGUAUAAUGAAACAGUACGUGCAGCAAAAUGUUUGUACGAAUUUCAAGAAGUUUAAAAAGAAAAUCACCUUUAUCACCUAAACAUACUUUCAGGCAAUUUAAUGGUAGAUUCAUGAUUAUAGAGAUACUAUAUCAGGAAAACUCUAUAUUAUCCACUCUUGGUCUGAAACCAACGUGAAGAAGAAAGGCAGCUCGACACUACACAACAAACAUACAGUACAUAUAUAAAGAUUUUCCUUUUUUGAAGGAGCUGCAAAGAACGGUUAACCUAUACAAUAAAGGUUUUUCUACAUAUUGACUUCAAAUAA